AUGGCAGAUGAGUGGGUAACUGUCUUGAAAAUAUGGGCGGGUAGUAACUGUCUUGAAAAGGGUGAAUUGAUGAUUAACUGUCUUAAAAAGGCCAGUUGGAUAGUUAACUGUCUUGAAAAUGCCAGGUGGGUGAAUAACUGUCUUGAAAAAAGGCUAAGUGAGUAA